GAGCUGCCCGUGCCCGAGUCAGGUGCUGUUUUCACAUUCGGGAAAAGCAAAUUUGCAGAAGAUAUUCCUAGCAAGUUCUGGUUCAAAAAUGACAAGCCUGUACUUAUAUCAUGUGGAGAUGAACAUACAGCUAUUAUUACAGUGCAUGCCCAUGUGCACCUCACAUUUCUGCAGUUAGAUGGAAUUGGACGAUACAGCCCUUGGGAAUGACCCUGAGCUGCAGUAACACCUGGAAUAAAUGGUUCAGAAGCUCAUGCUGAUAAUGAGUUUACUGAGAAGGGUACAGACCUUGUGGGAAACCAGGAGCUUCUUCAGCUGAACCUGACCUGGAAGAGAUAAAAGGCAAACAUCGCCAAGGAAGGAAAAGUAUCUCAAGCAGGGAAAGGUAAACUGUACAUGUUUGGCAGUAACGACUGGGGCCAGUUAGGACUAGGAUCAAAGAACACUGUCAGCAAACCAACCUGUGUAAAAGCUUUAAAACCAGAAAAACCAAAACUUGCUGUUUGUGGAAGAAACCACACUUUAGUUUACACAGAAAAAGGAAAUGUCUAUGCUGCUGGAGGUAACAGUGAAGGUCAGUUGGGAUUAGGUGACACAGAGGAAAGGACCACAUUUCAUUUAAUUAGCUUUUUCACCAACCAGCACAAGAUCAAGCAGCUAUCAGCUGGAUCAUACACCUCAGCAGCAGUAACUGAGGAUGGGCAGCUCUUUGUGUGGGGUGAUAAUUCAGAAGGGCAGAUUGGCCUGGCCAGUGAAGCCUCUGUCAGUGUCCCAUGCAAAGUGGAUAUUGGAAAACCUGUUUCCUUUGUAUCCUGUGGAUAUUACCAUUCUGCCUUGAUUACAGGAGAUGGUGAGCUCUAUACGUUUGGAGAAUCUGUGAAUGGGAAACUGGGAUUAUUCCCUGAACAGUUGAAGAACAAUAGAGUCCCACAGCCUGUACUGGGAAUUAUGGAAAAGGUUACUAAGGUUGUUUGUGGUGGAGAACACACCGUGGUGCUGACAGAGACAGAUGUUUAUACUUUUGGACUUGGACAGUAUGGGCAGCUGGGACAUGGAACUUUUGUGUUUGAAAGUUCAGUACCGAAGCCUGUGAAACGCUUGAAGAGGCAUAAAAUUUGUAACAUUGCAUGUGGGGAAAAUCACACUGCUGUGGUAGCAGAGAAUGGCCUGAUGUUUACUUUUGGAGAUGGACGACAUGGCAAGUUAGGAUUUGGAGAAGAGAGUUUUACAAAUCUGUUUGAUCCCACUCUGUGUUACAAUUUCUUGAAGUACACAGUCCUUUUGGUUGCUUGUGGGGGUUGUCACAUGCUGGUUUUUGCUGCUCCAAGACCUAAAGGAUCUGAAAUCCCCUUGGAAGAUUUAUAUGAGCCUCGUUUGACUGCUGCUACCUCUCAAACCAGACGGGACUUUGUGCUGGCAAACACUUUACAGUUGUCAGCAGCACGAAUGCGACGUCGGGAGAGGGAAAGGUCACCAGAGCAGUUUGCUCGAAUGGCACAAACUCUGCCUGCAAUGGGGAAAGGCUUCUUAAAAUCUUCAUUGCCUGUGGCAAGCAACACCAGCCCAUUCUGGUUUUCUGCAACAAGUCAUCCUAAAGCUGAAUCUGGGAGGGAUGGAAACCGUGAGAAAGAAAAUAAUCAUCAAAAAGAUAAACCUAGUGAAGUCUCUUCAGAAGAAGAUUCAGAUAAUGAAAAUCUUGACAGAAACCUUGGGGAUACAACUGACAUCCUAAAUAUGACACAUGCAGUGAAGUUGAAUCCUGGUGACUGGUCCUUAAAAUUAUCACCACUCCAAAAACAGAAGAAGAACAAUAAAAAUGUGAAACUGAAAAGAGAUGGUAAGGGUGGGCUGAAAAACAAGGAUUCUGAUUUCACAAAGGAGGGCUCAAAAUUAGAGUCUGUCUCUUUACAAAAUCACUCUUCGCUCUCAGAGUCAACUGGACAAGAUUUAGAAAAGAGUAGUGCCUUUGUAGGAAAGCCUGUGUCCAGAAAAAGUAUUAAGAAAGGUAAAUCUGAGCAUGCACAAAGUGAUAGUACUUUGAAAAGUGUUGCUCAAGAAAUUACUGAGGACAAAAGCUUAUUAGUGAAAAGGGAAAAAGAAUGUGUGGAAAAUCCUGAAUUUUUCAGAGAGGAUGCAACAUAUAAUCUUCCCACUGAAAAUAAAAUUCUGACUGAAAAAAUAAAUUCUUCCAAUAAAAAGCCAAAAGCUGUUAAAUCUAAGCAAUCCCUUAAAAUAGAGGUACUUCCUUCUGCUCCCAGGGAUCAGCCCCAGACUGAUUCAUUAACUGUACAAGAAUACCGUCCUGUUAAAAAGCAAGGGAGUCAAAAAACAACAGACAGUCAAAGCAAACUAAAGGAUGGUGUUAAAAAAUCUGACAAGUAUGAACAAAUAAAUGUCACAGGAGAAGAAAGUAGUGCAGAACAGGAGCCUAAAAAAAAGCAUCAGUUUUUGAAACAAGUAUCUGUAACUUCAUCAUCAUCUUCAACUGAGGAAAGUACUAAUGAUCUCCAAAAAUAUAUACUUAAGGAAGAGGCCUACUAUGAACACAGAGUUGUCCAGAGGGCAAGGAGGACAAUGACACAUCUGGACUUAGAAAAAGACAGUGAGAUUGAGGAGAUGCAAGCUACAAACAAUGAGAAAGAACAUGUAGAACAGACUGAUGUAAAAAGCCUGAAUGAGGAAGAAACAAGCUCUGAUGCUAAACCUGAUGAAGACAGGCCAUUAGAAAUUAAGAAUGAGGAGGAAUCUGAUCAGGAGCAGGAGAAUGAAAGCAGUGAAAAGGGUGAAAGUGAAAAAGAAAAAUUAGAUGAAACAAUUGACAGUGAAGGUAAACUAGGGGAAGAAGAAAGUGAGGUUAAAAAAGACAGAGAUGAAGUUUCAGUAGAAGAAGAUGAGGGAAAAGAUAAUGAGGAAGAAGAUGAACAAGAAGAAUCACAGGCUGAAAGAGACAGUGGGAAUGAGGGUGCAGAGGAGACUGAGGAGCAGCAAGAUAGCAAAGAGCAAAGAGAUGAGCAAGGCAGGUUGAUGGAUGAAGAAGAAAUGGUGAGUGAGGGAGAAAAGGAGGAUAUGGAGGAGAAGUAUGAGAAAGAGGAAGGCACUGAAAAAGGAAAAGAGGAGGUUAAAAGUGAGGGAAAAGAUGUGAGUGAGGAAGGAGGGGAAGAUACAGAGGAAGGGGAAGAAAAAGAGGUAGAAGCAGAAGAGGAAGGAGGUGAAAAGGAAGAUGAAGAGGAAAAAGAAAGGGAGAAUGAAAAAGAUAAAGAGAGUGAAGAGGAGGAGUUGGGAGAAUCAUUGGCAGGGAGGGAAGAAGAGGUGUCUGAAGAAGAGCAUGUUGAGGAAAAUGCAAAUACAAAAACUAAGGAAGUGGGUGAGGAUGGAGUGGAAGAAGGAAAAGAUGGGGAGGAUGAUGUGGAAGAGGAAAGAGGAGAUGAGAAAGAGGAAGGAACAGAUGCAGAAGCAGAAGGGGACGAGGAAGAAGAAGAUGACAAGGAAGAAGAGGAGAGGGAAAAUGAAGAGAAAGGGGAAGAUAAAGAAGAGGGAGAAGGAGUGGAAGAAGAUGAGGGAGUAGGAGAGGAAGAAGAGAAUGUUGGAGAAGAUGAGGGAGAAGAGGGAGUGGGAGAAGAAGAGGAAGAUGAGGAAGGAGUGGAAGAAAGGGGAGAUGAGGAAACAGGACAGGAAGAAGAAGAGGUAGAGGAGGGGGAAGAGGCAGGACAGAAAGAAGGAGAAGAAGAAGAUGAAGGAGAAGGGGAAGAGGAGGAAGAGGAAAAAGAGGAAGAGGGUGAGGAGGAAGAGGAAAAAGAGGAAGAGGAAAAAGAGGAAGAGGGUGAAGAUGAAGAAGAAGAAGAGGAAGAUGGGGAAGAAGGUGAGGAGGAAGAAGAAGAGCAGGGGAAAGAAGAAAAGGGGGAAGAGGGUGAGGAGGAAGAGGAAGAAGAGGAAGAGGAGGAAGAGGAGGAAGAGGAAGAGGGGGAAGAAGAAAAAGGGGAAGAGGGUGAGGAGGAAGAAGAAGGGGAAGAGGGAGAGGAGGGAGAAGGUGAAGAGGAAGAGGGGGAAAAAGGAAAUGAGGAGGAAGGGGGUUUAGGAGAGGAGGAAGAAGAGGAUGAGGGAGAAGAUGAGGAUGAGGAGGAAGAAGAAGAGGAAAAAGCAAAAGAUAAAAGGAAAAAUUAUAGUAGUAAACUUCCAGAAAAGAAAACCAAACCCAGGAAGCCAGAAAAGACAGAAAGUACUGCUUUACCGAACAGCUCUAAACAAAACAUGAAAUCCAAACGUCAUGUAGCAAAUGGUUUACAUAAUCCAGAACAAUUUUGGAACAAUGUGCUACCUCAUUAUUUAACAUUAAAGUAGCAUAGACUACUGCAGAUGAAUUUUUAGCCUAUUCAGGAAACAGAUUGAUUUUUAUUACUUGAAAGAAACUUUUCAUGGAAUCAAAGCAUACUAUUAUGCAUAUAAUUUAAGUGCCAAUUUCUUGAAAAAGACUGAAAAAAAUGUUUAGAUUAGGAUACUUUUAUGAGAGACAUCAUACUUUAUUGAUACAAUCAUCUUCACAAUCAUGUGGAUCAUGUAUGAUAUAUGAUCUGUUAUAGAAUUUCCUUAAAAUACACAAAAAUUAAUUGCUGAGGAGGUAAACUGUGUUUGCCUCUUAAUCCAAGUGUAAUGUCAUGCUGACAAAUCAAUUAUGCAUUGUAACAGUGUAAUCUUUGCCUUUGAAUCAGCAACACACCAAUUUUAGUUGCAGGGCAGUUUACUUGAUAAUGUGCCUUACCUGAAGGGAGUUUCAGUAAAUUAGCAAAGAUACCUAUUUUAAAAUUUUGAUAUCACUCUGUUGUAAUUGAGACAAUACAAAGAAACACACUUCAUUUUCAGAAGGCUUCAAACCUGUUUUGAUUAUAGCGGGCAUGCUUUUUAUACAUUCUUACAAAACUCCUAAGUUUACACUUUACUCAUUGGUCAGGAAAGACAAAGUGCUUAUUGGAAUAGGCAGUUGCUGGUUUCUCUUAUUUUUCCUUCUUUCUUUCUUGGUUUCUGUGUCAACAACCUUGGUAGAAAAUUCUUUCAGGGGUAAACAUGGAUCCUCUGAUCAAACUUCUCUCUGGCUCACACAAGUCACUGUAAAACCUUUUCCACAUCACUCCAUAAUUUAUUCCCCCUACUUUUAUUCUGCUCAUACAUUGGUAAAAUGUUCAAAUAGCUAAAUUAAAGAAAGGACAUGUUGCCAAAUUUACGUGGAUCAGCGGAUGGGAGGUAAAUGGAAAUGCAAUGGCCUGGGACUUUCCAAGGGCCUUAAGGCUGGCUUCUUAUUUUGGUGUCAGCACACAAUUCUGUGCAAGAAGAGAAAUACAGAUCUCAGCAUCUGGCCUAGAUUACAUUAGAAUUCAGGGAUAAUUUUUUGAAUUUCACACUUGGUGAUUGGAUAGAACUGAGAAUUUGAAACACAUACCUGUAAAACAUUUUAUAUUUGUUUAUACUGUGCAAUACACAAAAGAUUCUAUAUCUGCCCACAAAAGAUUAUAUCACAUUACUCCUCUAACUCUGAGGUACUCCAGGAGGGAGAAUAUAUGUUGUUGCUGUGUGAAAUACAUGUAUUGUUUCCAGGAUCAGAGCCAAAGCUUCUCCUCAUUGGAGAAGAUUUAUGGUUUUAAAAAACCCUAUCUGUAAUCUCCAAAAAGAGGUAAACCAGUUGGAAUAGUAAAGAAAGUGGUAAGAAAGUCUGAUUUUUAUUUUUAUUUUUUUGAUAGGAUAAAGUUAAUACUUUUAGAAUUUCCUGAAAAUACACAAACAAAUCUUGCAAAUUAUUUUUGUAAGAUAAUGCAUCACUCUUUCAACCAUUAGGGACUGAACUGGUAAAUGAAGAGGCAGGCACUCAUCAUGCAGCAUUGUUACUUGAAUAUUAUGCCAAUGGGUGGUCUGGGAAAUUUUUGCAAACAGAUCUCAGUAUUGACAUUCUCUAGAAAAAUAGUUGUUUAAGCCCUACUUGAAAAUGAGGACAGAAGAAGAAAGGAAUCAAAAUGAGUAAAUGUCAUUCAAUAAAAAUAUGAAUGGAAUCAAUACUUAUGUUGAUAUUAUGAAACAUUUUAAUAUUGUUUUGUAUGAUGCUGGCAUUAAACAAUCUUUGACAUGA